GUACUGAGAAGCAACUAGAGAUUCAAAGCGCCAUCUUGCGUUUUGGUCUUUUUUUCUUUUCUCGCUCAUUUUCUCGGAAAAUCCUUUUUUUUUUCUUUUUCUCUGAGAAAAUUUUUUUGCUCUUCACAGGAAGCAAUCGAUUAUUCUCCCAACUCCAACAUCUGGAUGAUAAUAAACACACUGUAUUUUGGAAUUGGAAUGUAGUUCGUAGUUGGGAAUUGGUUUUUCUUUUUAUGAGGCAAAGAUGGUGUUCAAAUCUAAGAUAAAAUGGAUUGCACUCUUCGUCCUCGUUUUAUCUUUUGCGUCUUUGAUAACGCACUUAUCCAUAGCAAGAUCAUCAACUGUGGAUUUGGUACAGUAUAGUGCUCAGGCUGGAUUUCGUGACGAUUUUUCUACCACGAGUCAGUUUUUUAUGCAGAGUAUGCGGACCAAGAGACUAUGGGGGCCUGUGAAGCCGUUGAGGUCUUUGCAGUCUUAUGCCAACCCCAGAAACAGCUAUCCAGUUCCCAACAAACAUAACAAUGGUUUUAUUUAUGCAAAAAUAUUUGGUGGGUUUGCGAACAUAAGAUCAUCGAUCUGUGAUCUGGUCACCGUAUCCAGGCUUCUAAAUGCUACUCUUGUCAUUCCAGAGAUUCAAGCCAGUACUCGUUCAAAAGGCAUCAGCAAUAAAUUUAAGAGCUUUUCAUAUCUGUACGAUGAGGAGCACUUUAUAGAAUCCCUCACAGCCGAUGUACUCAUUGUCAAGAGCCUGCCUGAUAAUUUGAAGGCUGAAAGGAAAAAGAACGCUUUUCCCACUUUUAAGCCCAAAAAUUCGGCUUCUCCAGAUUUUUAUACUAAAGAAGUCCUACCAAAGCUAAAGAAGGGCAGGGUUAUUGGUUUGGUUAUUACAGAUGGGGGAUGUUUGCAGUCAAUCCUUCCACCUAGCAUGUCUGAGUUUCAAAGGCUGAGAUGCAGGGUUGCUUUCCAAGCACUCCAGUUUCGACAAGAAAUUCAGACCCUUGGGCAACGGAUGGUGGCAAGGUUAAGAGCAUGGGGCCAACCUUUCCUAUCUUUUCAUCCUGGUUUAUUGAGAGACACAUUGGCAUAUCAUGGUUGUGCUGAACUUUUCCAGGAUGUUCAUACUGAACUUAUACAAUACCGAAGGGCACAGAUGAUAAAACGGGGGAUUAUCAAUGAGGAACUAAACGUUGAUUCACACUUACGAAGAGAAAAUGGUUCUUGCCCAUUAAUGCCUGAAGAGGUUGGAGUUCUCCUUCGUGCAAUGGGCUAUCCUCCUAAAACAAUUAUAUAUUUAGCUGGUUCUGAAACUUUUGGGGGUCAACGUGUUCUGAUCCCUCUGCGUGCCAUGUUUGCCAACUUAGUGGAUCGCACUUCUUUGUGCAGCAAAGCAGAGUUGUCUGACUUGGUUGGACCUGAAUCACCUCUUCCAUUGGACCUCUUUCAAUCACCUCCAGCUAAAAGUGAGCAGCAACUUAAAGAAGAAUGGAAGAGAGCGGGUCCCCGGCCUCGGCCUCUUCCUCCACCUCCAGAUAGACCUAUCUAUCGACAUGAAAAAGAAGGGUGGUAUGGAUGGAUUACUGAAAUGGACAAGGAACCAGAACCUUCACCUAUGGAUUUAAGAAUGCAAGCACACAGACUAAUUUGGGAUGCUCUUGAUUAUAUUGUCUCUGUGGAAGCAGAUGCUUUUUUUCCUGGUUUCAACAACGAUGGUAGUGGAUGGCCAGAUUUUUCUGGCUUGGUUGUGGGGCAGCGGUUGCAUAUAAGCGCUUCUUCUACAACAUAUCGACCAGACAGGAAAGUUCUUGCAAAACUUCUAAACGCGACUCGUGACAAUAUGUACCAUCCCAAGCAUAAUUGGACACUGUUAGUGAGGGAGCACCUUAACAAAAGUUUGAGUGAGGAAGGCCUUAUAAGGCAAUCCCUCUUGUCUAAAUCAGCUUUAUUCAUUUCACACCCGCUUCCAGAAUGCUCUUGUAGAAUAUCAUCUGCAGAGGCUCCAGUUCAUGUGAAAGGCAAAAAUGGCCAAUUUUUAUACGGAGGUGAAGAAGAGUGCCCGAAAUGGUUUGGUCAAGAAAUUCUCUUGUCGGAGCCAACCGGAGAAGAAGAUGGUAAAUCUGAGGACAGUGAAACAACAGAAUAUGAAAGCGAUCAGGUUGAAAUACCUGAAUCAAAUGACAACGAUAAAACUAAGUCAUCACUAACAUUUGACCAGGAUGAAGAAAUGGAUCCAAAUGACUAGGACUUGUUUGGGAUACGAUUCUUAUGAAAUUCUUUUUACUGAAUGGCGGCAUUCAUUUUCCUGCAAUUUCUUCCGGAAUGCAACAGUUUUUUGGAGGUAGAGGGUGUUUUAUCCAAAAGCUACAAUUAGUUUAUGGUUUCAACAGACGUCUGAGUCAUCUAUUCUUUGGAUACGUUCUGGGUAAUCUCCAGAGUAAAUAUCUGUAUACCUUCAUAUAUCAAACUUUUAAACCUUUUUAGAAGCAUACUUGGACAAACUGAUCAGAAUCUAUACGUUGAAGGUUUUACUUU